UCUUACACCACUUGCCUCCUGCUACCACUUUCUCCAACAGUCUGCUUUGCUUUGUGUGCAUGCUACAUCAUGAUGCAUGUGGGCUGCAUCUGGGGUCUCUCCUUGUUCCUGUCUCUGAGUUUCGGAUGGACAACGGCUCAGCAGACCAAUUACACCAGGCCUGUCUUCUACUGUGGAGGAGACCUGGUCUCGGAAUCAGGCUUUGUUGGCAGUGAGGGAUUCCCAAGCUUCUACAAACCCAACAGCAAAUGCACCUGGCGUAUCACCGUCCCAGAGGGAAACGUGGUCAUGCUCUCCUUCCGCAUUUUUGACCUGGAGGCUGACUCACAAUGUCGCUACGACUAUCUGGAUGUUUACAACGGCCAUUCCAACUUGGUGCAAAAACUAGGCCGCUUUUGUGGAACUUUCCGGCCUGGUGCUCUUAUUUCUACCACAAACACCAUGAUGUUGGAGAUGGGGUCUGAUGCAGAGAAUCAGGGUAGAGGGUUUGUGGCCUACUUCAGUGGAGCCAAACCAUAUGAAAAUGACCAACAGGUCUGUGGGGAGAAGAUAACAAAGGCCCAGGGAGAGAUCAAGACACCCAACUGGCCUGACAAGAAAUAUCCACCAGGAACCAGCUGCUCCUGGCUUAUCACUGUGGAGCCUGAUAUGGUAAUCCAGGUAAAGUUUGAUAAGUUUGUCUUGGAGGCUGACAGCUAUUGCCGGUUUGACUAUGUGGCAUUCUUUAAUGGUGGCGAGAAAGACGAUUCACGCCUGAUUGGAAGAUACUGUGGCGAUGAAGCCCCACUGCCCAUUAUUACCAGCGGCAAUGUGCUACUGGUUCAAUUUGUGUCUGACCUCAGUGUGACAUCUGAUGGAUUCCUUGCCCACUACACCAGCAUCCCACAUGGUUCUCACAUACCAAUAGUCGACUCGGGAGCCGGUACGAGGUCCAUCCCCCCAAAACCUGCAGUCAAACCUGUUGCACCUAAGCGUCCUGCCACCACUGCCCCGUCACAUAUCCCCACCACCAAAUAUGUGCCCACUGAGAAACCCAAACCAUUCAAGCCCACAAGAGGCCGUGGACAGGGGCCAAAUGGAAAGAGACCUGUUCCUCAAAAUCCUCUGUGUGCCAAGGCCUGUAAAAGAGAUGGAACCAUCAAGACCAGUUUCUGUGCCAGUGAAUUUGUGAUAACCGGAAAGGUGACCUCCAUGGCCAGUGGGCCCCGGGGCACUAUUAUUAGUGUCUCCCUCAUUAAGGCCUAUAAGGCAGGUCGACUAACAAUCACGCAAGUUGGAGAGACGAUGUCGGUUAAGCUGGUGUCACUGUGCAAGAAGUGCCCAUUGCUCCGUAGAGGUGUCAACUUCAUUCUCAUGGGUCAAGUGGAUGAAGACGGGCGUGGUACUCUGGCACCUGGUGCAUUCACAGCUCAAUACAAAGCCCAACAUCACAAAUUAUUAAUGAAUAUCAACAACCAACCCUGUUAACCUCACAUCUUUCCAGGCCAGGAAAUUCAGAUGACAUAUUGAACACGCAAAUCCAGACAUUGCAAUGUGAAAUACAGAUCAAUUGAAGCACAAUAUUACAGUAAAACAUAACUUCACUUUUAUCCACCAUUUUAAAUGAAUAGAACUGUACACACACCAAACCUUAUGUUUGUAAUUUAUACAUGAAUAAAGGUUCUAUAUCUCA